CAAUGCUUGGUAGACUCAUGGAAUAAACAAGAUGAGUCAAAAGGGAGAGGCUUCCAUUUUGUAGAUUUUGGGAAUGGAGAUCCAAAUGAUGAUACGUGUGGGAUCUGUGGAGAUGGGGGAGAUCUGAUCUGUUGCGAUGGUUGCCCAUCUACGUUUCACCAGAGCUGCUUAGAUAUAAAAAAGUUCCCUUCCGGUGACUGGCAUUGUGUUUAUUGCACCUGCAAAUUUUGUGGAAUGGUCAAUGUGGCUACAUGUCAAAGGGAUGCUGAUGACAAUAUUGCCCAGUCUACCUUAUGCAUUUGCUGUUUAUGCGAAGAAAAAUAUCACCCGUCGUGCAUCCAAGAGGAAGAUGCUGCAAAUGAUAAUCAAAGUAGGAUGUCUUAUUGUGGAAAGAAAUGUCAAGAGUUAUUUGAGAAACUGCAUGCACUCUUUGGGGUAAAACAUGAACUGCAAGAUGGUUUCUCUUGGGCUUUUCUCCACCGAUCUGAUAUUGACUCAGACUUUUCUCCAAGUGAAGUUUCUCGAGAGAUUGAAUGCAAUUCCAAACUAGCUGUUGCAAUGUUUGUAAUGGACGAAUGCUUCUUGCCUCUUCUCGACCACAGAAGUGGGACUAAUUUGCUUCAUAAUAUUGUCUAUAGUUUCGGGUCAAACUUUAACCGGCUGAAUUAUACUGGUUUUUUCACUGCAAUUCUUGAGAGGGGUGAUGAGAUUGUUGCUGCAGCAUCCAUUAGGAUCCACGGCAAUCAGUUAGCAGAGAUGCCAUUUAUUGGGACACGCUAUAUGUAUAGACGUCAGGGGAUGUGCCGUCGGCUGCUUAAUGCUAUUGAACAUGCUCUCUGCUCUCUAAACGUUGAGAAAUUGGUGAUUCCUGCAAUUUCGGAGUUGUCAGAAACAUGGACUUCGGUUUUUGGUUUCAAGCCCCUUGAAGCAUCAAGCAAGCGAAAAAUGAAGAACAUGAAUUUGUUAGUGUUUCCUCGUGUAGAUAUGUUGCAGAAAUCACUGCUAAAAAAUCCUGAUGGCUCCUGGAACAGUGAACUGAAGGAGGAUCAGAACAUGAGUAAGGUGGCAGCUAGUUCCGAUCAGAGAUGUUCUUUAGGCUUCGAUUUAAAUGUACCUGGUGAGAGUGAUGCUUGCUCACAGAAGAGCAAUGCUGGAAGUUCUGCUGCAGAGUCCUGUUUGCAGCCUCUUGAUUGCCCCUGCAAUGGGUCAUCAAAUGUAGCAGAGGAAACUGUCAACGACCCUGAAUCUGAUAAGGAUAUAAAAUGUCUUGCUCAAAUAUGUGCAGCUUGUGAAAUGCCAGAUGGAAUAGAUAAAAGCAUUCUGAGUCCUGGAGAUCAGGUGUGUAAUACCCAUGAACAGAGUGAAACUACUGAUGAAUCCUAUGGUGCUGUUUCUGUUCCCAUGGUGAAUGAAAGAAAUGGCAAAAGUCUCUCCGACGACGACAAUCCAGCGCCCUUUUCUGAUAAAAUCAACCUGGAUCGACCUCAGGAACUGAGUUUGAAAGCUUCUGGUGAGAAUACUGUUAUCCGUGAUUGUGGUUCAGAGGCUACUGAUUUUAUAGCUUCUGUUAACCAAAAUUGCCAUUCCUCUUGUGGGCCAUCUGGUGAUACUGGCACAGGGCCAGGUUUCUCACCUUGCACCGACAAUGGAAUCUGCACAUCCGCAGUGGUUAAGUCAUGUCUUGAGAUUGCCGUGGAUAAUGUCUGUGUCCCAAAAGUAGAAUUAAGUAAAGAUGCAAUCUCUGAUGAUCCUAAGAGGAAUACAAAUCUUCAAGCGACUUCGGAUCUCACUGUCAGGAUGGUUGUACAAAUGUCAUGCAGAAUUCUGGGAGCAAUUCGAGCUCCGUAUCAGGCGUGGCCCUUCAUUGUGCAUCCGGUGGGGGCUAACUCAUGGCGGUACCGAGGUUUAGAGUGGCAUCGAGGGUUUGUGUAUUUUGAACCUCAUCCUUUGGCGCAUUGUAAAUGGAAACGGGUAAGUUGGUUUACUACGCCCGAAUCCUAAAUGGGUAAGUCAGUUUUACCGAUGGGUAUUAUAAAUUAUGACUUUAGAAGAAGCUGGGCAUCUUGGAUUUGAGGCCGGUGAGCCCAAAUGCAUUAUCUUCUCAACACCAUGGACAGGGAAGGAAAGGUGGGUAUGAAUCUCAAGAAGAAAAGUCUGCUUUUUUGCUUUCCAUCUCCCAUCCAUUAAUGUUCUUUAAAGCCCAAUUUAUUCACCCAUUUAUUACGAAUUUAAGAAACCCAACUGGUA